CUGGUUUAAUAUCUUUCUUUCCCUUUUGGCUCUCUACUCCAGAGGAAUGCAAGCCUGUGGGUCUGCUUUGCUCACCACAGUGUUUGGAUUCAACAAAGGGAAAACUAAAAAUAGAAGGUGGAUCCACUCUCCCAGUAGAGCAUCAGGUUCAGAAAGAAUACACUGGCAAGGAGGCGGCAUUCUGUCACUCCCCGCCUCUUUUUGGAUUGCCGGCUGGAAAUGUCACCAUUUCCCUUUAAGCCCACUCCCAGUUGACCCCCGCAAGCCUCCUUGAUCUCUGCCCUGAAGUCAUCACAAUGGCCAGAUGGGUUCUGGCCAGGGCGGGGCCCUCUGUGACAUCACCAAGGGCCCAGCCCUGCCUGGUCCUCAGUCUCCAGAUGCCAGGGCAGACAAGCGCACCAGAGCCAGUUCCUCUCUGUUCACCAUGCGGUCUGUAAUGUGGUUCCUUUUCUGGUCUGUGUGUGUCUCCUCUUUCUGUGCUUUUGUGUUUUACUGUCUGAGAGAUGACACCAUAGAACUCCCCAGGAAGGUGCCCUGCAGAAGGCACUUUCAAAUUCAGCAGAAUCUACCAGAGCAUGACCGAGGCUGGCUUGGGAGCAAGUUGCAUUGGCUUUUUCUCCUUGCUGUGCUGUUUAUGAUACAGAAGUUUCCAGGAGACAGUGACGAGACUACUGUGCAGACUCUUCCUGCUCUCCAAGAGCCUUCACUUGGCUCUUCGGGAAAGAAAAAUAAAAAGGCUUCCCCCAACAAAGACUAUACGGUCGAUACCUUAGACCAGCUUGAGAUGGACCUUGAGAAAUUGGUGUCCAGGGCGCGGAAUCUGAAACUCACCAUGGCAACUGGCAGUAACUUCAGUCUUCCCAGUUUCGAGGUACCUGCUGACACAAAUAACAUUACAAUAUAUGAGCUAUGGGGCAACGAAGACGUCGAUGAAGAUUCCGAGUAAAUACGUGUAUCAAAGUAGAAGAGGAAAAGUUGAGUGUGGAUAAAGUGUAUCCAAACUAAUAAAACUAUUCCGAAGCAAAAGCAAAAAAAAAAAAAACAAACAAAAAACAAAAAACACAAGAUGGAAGCCUAAGCCUCAGGUGGUUGUCGCUAUAUCUAUAUUCUUGGGCUUCCCUAGUGGCUCAGCUGGUAAGGAAUCUGCCUGCAAUGCAGGAGACCUGGGUUCGAUCCUUGGGUUGGGAAUAUCCACUGGAGAAGGGAACAGCUACCUACUCCAGUGUCUGGCCUGGAGAAUUAGUCCAUGGUGCUGCAAAGAGUCCAACACGACUAAGCGACUCUCACUUUAUUUCACUUAAGAAAGGGGAAAUCGCUUCUGACCAAUGGUCAGAUGCCUUAACCUGGAUCUCUAUUCUCCAAGCCUGAUUCCCACUUCCCUUCACAUUUCAGCUCAAACCACCUUCUU